CUGCUCACUGCUGUUGCUGUUAGUUCAUUGUAUUGUGUUUAUUCGUCACAAUUCCCAAUAAUGUCAUUGUUAGUUUAUGUUACGCUGUCGGCUCCAGCUUAAGAUGUUGUGUAUGGGGUCUCUUUAUACUAACUUGCAAUUUAAUUUAAUAAAAUCUUCAUUGUGAUUUUAAGUUUUAAGUUACAACAAACACUGCAACUUUUGUUGUGAUAAUUUUUAGAUAAAAUAUUAUUCUGUUCCAAAUGUGGUAGAAGUGCGAUAGUUAUGAAGUAAAACAGUUCUAAAGUAUUUGGUCGUGGAUUGGAUAAUAAGCCUUCUAUUAGAGUAACCUUGGACUAAAUAAAGCACCUCAAGAUUUUAAAAGGUUUCAGCCUCAUGCUUAAUUAAAUAACGACAUACGAGGCAUGUUUAUGUGCGAAAAUGAUUAUACAACUAUGAGAAAAUCAAUACCCUAGUACCAACGGACCAGAGCAGAAGUUUACCUCCAUAUUCUGCUCAAUUAAAUUAAAAUGACCAUUUUUAACCUUCUGCCCUCUUGGGCAUCAGAACCCUUUAAGUUUCUAGGAUGGCUUCUGCCAAAAGGGGUGAAGUGGAAGAACUCCCGAGCCAGCCCUGGAUGCGCCUAUGUUCCAACCACCAUCGAACAUGUCGCCAACAUCAUCACCCAUGGUAUAUGGAUCCCACCGAGUAUCUACGCAGGAACUGUGUUAAUUCACCGGUCAGCCACCAGACUGCAGUAUUUCUCCGCAGUUGUGUACGGAUCUGCUCUCGUACUGUGUUUUACUGUUUCAACUGUCUUCCACUCCAUCUUCUACUGCGGCCAUAACCAGCAACUCAAAGAUCUGCUGCAUCGAGGAGACAGAGCCAUGAUCUACGUGUUCAUUGCAGCCUCGUACUUCCCCUGGGUGAUGCUGCGACCUCUACCUCAGGACAGUAUUGCGGCAGAGCUCUGGUGGUUAGUCUGGGUGUUGGCGGCUUUUGGCAUUCUCUACCAGCAGAUGUUCCACGAGCGCUACAAGACAUUGGAGACUUGUUUCUACAUUUUCCUAGGCUCGGCUCCUUCCUUGGCAGUCUUGGCACAUAUUGAACAUGCCGAGUUCUCAGGUAUUCAGGAGCUGAUGUUGGGAGGAGUCCUCUACGCUGUUGGUGUUUGCUUCUUCAAGUCGGAUGGCCUGGUGCCCUGCGCCCACGCCAUCUGGCACAUGUUCGUCGGUGCGGCAGCCACCGUACACUUCUACGCCAUCUUGCACCACCUCUACUCAGCACCGCUGCCUGCGCUCGGAGACUAGUCUGUGAUACCACGAUGGUUGGGCUUCGGCUCGUGUUCCCAGGCAAUGUUUACGUUCACCUUGUUGUUCGGCUGCUGGUAAGCUUUACGGUUAUUUUUUCAGUUCCUUAAGAUGCGAAACGGAACGUAACCCUGAGGUUUUGUGUGACUGUUUAGCGUGAGCAAAAAUUAGAUCUUCAUGUAAAAGGUUGGAAAUUAGGUCAAUGGUUCGUAUUUGAACCGUGCAUUUCAAGAAUAUAAAUAUUUAAACCUCGGAGUUUUGUUCUUGUUAAUAAAAAAUGUUGGGGUUUUCUCAACAGAUUAUGUCAGAAAAAGCUAGAUGUUAAGAAAAGAACUAAAGAGUUGUAAGAAGGGUUGUUGAGGGCAACCCCUGUUGAGGGGAAAAACAGCCCCGGGGCUUUUACCAAACGUUGUUGAGCGCACAGAUUGCUGCGAUUGGGUUUUAAUAUAUAUGGACUUAUUCAAAAGUAAAAUAGUUUUCUGUGCUGCACUCUGUGGAAACAUUGUGGCACUAUUUCAAAUCAUGACUAAUACAGCAUGUUGUGAUUAUUCAAACCUAAAUAACAGUUGCCGGGUAACAGCUAGUAAUAUUUAUUUGUAAACAUUGUAGUUCAAAAAGUCUGACAUUGACCCAUUUAAAAUCCUCUGGGGCGGAGCCCUUUUGACGGAUCUGCACCAAACUUCACACAAACCAUCCUUGAAUGCUUAAUAAUGCCUGAAAGUUUCACUGUCAAGCGGUUUCGGAGUCCAUAAGGUACAUAUAUAUAUAUAUAUAUAUAUAUAUAUACAUACAUACAUACAUAGUUCCUCUUUUAUAGAUAUUGAUUUGUAAUCGCUGUACUAACUAAGCAAACCUUAACUUAUGGUAAAACAUUUAGUUAUUUUUUACCAACUGAAAGUUUCAACUGUUAGCUAAUAAAAUAAGUGGGAAUUUUGUAUCAAAAAGAGAAGUGAGAAAAGUUACAAUAGGCUUAUUUAAGUUUGUUUAUCCUUUAUUCCCUUUAGUUCUUUUCUUAACAUCUAGCUUUUUCUGAAAUAAUUUGUUUGAAAAAAAAAAACAACAUUUACAACAUGUUUUAUCAACAUUAAUCUAAGCCACUCAUCUUUAGUUUUCUACAACUAAAGGUUCUCUAUCUGGUUUCUUUUCUUAAAACCACAUAUUUUACCAAACUUGAUAUCUUGAAUAAAAAAAAAUUCUUGAUUCAAUUAUUCAAAGGUUAUAUUUAGAAGACACCAAAAACCUUUGAUUUUUUUUAACAAAACAACUAAGGUUUUUUUAACUCUUAGGUUUCUAUGUAUCAAUCUCAUGUAAAAUUUAAAAAAUGUGAGAAUUAAAGAGCUUCUCAGAAGGUAUGAACAAACAUUUUUGACUUUAAAUUUUGAAACCACAAAAUAUUCAAAGUAUGUGGAAUCUUCAAAAAAUAAUACGGGAUUGUGAAGUUUCUAAGUGGUUUUUGUUUGUAACCAUAAUAAUGCUAACAUACAAUAAUUACAUAUAACAUUUGAUAAAGGUUAGGAUUAUAGUCUUUCAACAAGUAAAUAAAGCGUGUAAAAUUAUGUGAGGCAAGUGAUGAGUUUUUGAGUGCAUAUAAACCAGGAAAAGAGAUUGAAGAUGUCAAAGGUUUGUAUACAGUUGUUAAACUGAAUAUUUUGUAAAAAUACUUAUCCUUUGAAAAUAGAACAUUUAGAAUGUUAAGUUCGAUAUAUGUCUAGUGAUUCUGUAAUCAAACAUAUAAAACAAAGAGCGUGUUCUGGGAACACUAACCGGUGCAGAAAAUGCAUUGUUCUGGGAGAACGGUGAGUUUACUGGGGAAGUAGACAGCUAUUUCCUCUUUUUUCCUCCACCGGUGCAAGAUUUAUGCACCGGAGAAAUUGUACAGUGCAUAAUACACUGGCGGCUUCUAGUUGGCCGGUUCUUGGACUCCAGUCUGCCUGCAGAGUGCAGAGUGCAGCUAUGGCAAGUUGGCGGUUCCAUCAUAGACUAACCAAACACAAGUAUUGGAAUAUGUUUUAUCUAUUCUUCCAUCGAAUAAAUGAUAAUGUUUUAUCAGUUUUAUGGAUUAUAUUAUGUUAAUAAGUGAAUAAUCAAUAAUAUAUCAGUAAUUUAUUCUGUGAGAGCAAGUUGGCUUGAUUUUAAUAUUAUAAGUAGGUUGAUGAGUAAAUUACAAUCUGUUGUGAACCGUAAACCGGCGACUAACCGUUCUGGGAUCUCAAGACUCUUGCCCCGGGGCGCUACCGGUGAGUAAGUCACCGGAUCAUCUGCACCGGUGCACCAAUACAUGUUCCCAAAACACGCCCGUAGUCUUAAAUAACAGAGUUGCCUGGAUUGAAAAAGUUACCUCUAUAAAGCAAUAAGUUAUAACAGAUCUGUUGUUGAUCAAGAUGUACAGUCCCUCUCUUUUGUUAGUUAAAUCAACAGUUAAGUAAUUAAUGGAUUAUACAAAUUAAAGUUGUGAAGUGUUCGGUUUUUUGUUAGUUUACAAAAUUGUAACAACAAUAUGCAAAUUACCUGGUAUUUUUUGUGAAAUUAGCCCACAAAAUAUUGGGUAAUAACAGCAUCACAGGGUUUUACUGUAAACAAAUUUGAAAGAUUUGAGAGGAACCUAAAAUGUUAUAACUACAGAAAAAGGUAGAUAUAAAUGAUCAAGUAGCCAUUAUUUUUUUUAAUUUAAUUACCGAAGUAGACAUUCCAUAGAUGGACCAACUACUGUCCACAGUUUUUUACUUGAGGAAAAUUAUGUUUAACCAGCCUCUCAUAGGGUUGCUACUAUUUGGAAGUUCUAUUUUAUCUUAGUGUUUCAUAGUUUAUGGGGACAUGGUGAUUCUAUAGUUUACAAAGAGUCACCAUUUCAGAUUGGCGUGAUUAGGACAGUGUAUAGAAGGAAAGGUGAAUGAUAGAGAAGUAUUUUUUUUUUAGAAACUAACCAUUUGCAUUUUUACUUCACCGACACAAGUUAGGAGUUCCGAGUUAACUUGUGUAUUUAACAUUCCAAGAAGUAAUUUUUUUGGACAAAUUACUUACAUAGAUGUUUGAUAAAUUAAACAUUCUAGCAUCAGAUUUUGUUAAGAAUUUCAAAUUUAAAUGAGUUUUUUUAGAACAUUUGAAUUACAUUUGUUGAACUUUAAUCUCAAAAGUGUAUUAAUGAAGUACAGAGGACUUUUUUUGGCAUGGUUCCCCAUUUCCUGAGGGUAAUAAAUAUUUGUUGAACUUUAGGUUUAAAAUGUUGGGCAUAUACUUGCCGAAUCAAGAGAAUAUAUAAACGAAACGGACAAAAUAAGAGGAAACAAAAACUGCUAGACAAAGAGGCUGUAAAUUUUCUCUUUAGAAGAAAUUAGUCUCUUUUUGUGGACAAAAUGCCAUAAAGUUGAAUUAUAUUUAUUUAGUUGGGCGUUAGAAUCAUAAAAAAAAGGCUGUGGACAAAUUAGCAUGAGAUUGAAUCAUAUUUAGUUGGGCGUUCAAAACAAAACCAUUCAAUUGAUUUAUAAACCAUGACACUAAGAGCAUUAAAUAGCAUCAUUUAUGUUUUGAGGACUGGUGUGUGCCAUAAUUCCAAUGAUAGAUUAGUUUAAUUUAUGACAAUUUCGCUUGUUUAAAAGAUAUGCUAUUUUUGGUUUAGGUGUUUGUGUGACAAUAAAGAGAUGUUUAUUUAUGAAGGUGGAGUAUUUUAGGGUCCAUUUUUCCCCUGCAUUGGUACCACUGUCAUUGCCACCUACUCAAUCAAUACAAGAUCAAGAAUAAAGUUAGUAGGGAACUUAGGGGUUGUGUCGCUUUAUUUUUUUCAUUUUGUUAAGUUUUACAAAACAUAAUAAAGCCUCGCCUGGAAUAAUAGGCUCAAAAACAUUCUGUAUAAUCAAUGGUUGGUAUUUAUAGGUUAAUUUUGGGGAAAGUAUUGUAUAUUAAUUAUUAAAUUUUCAUCCCUUGGCCCUUUGAAGUCCAGCGAUGAAUGUAGGUCAAAUAACCCCAAACUGUGAGAUUCCGUGGUAGUCUACUUGGUAGAAAAUGAGUCUUUUCGUUUGUCACUAUUACAAGUAUUAAUUUUAUUUAUCCUCAAGCAUUCCAGUUAAGCGGGGUUCUACUGUAUCCAAGGUAUAAUAAGUUUUCAUUUCCCUACCAAUUACACAUUAACGCCAAAGAUAACUAUACCUUAGUUUGAGAACGGUAGUGUAAGAUUUAAAACCGUAUCAUUAUUUACACGAUUAUAAUGUUGUUAAUUUUGUACUCUUACAAUUUAAAUAGUUAGUUGAAUGAAGUCGAAAAGUGUUUGUUUUUAGUUGUGUUAAGAGGUGUUUGACACCGAUAGGCAGGUUCAGGGACGGGUAGAAAGUAACUGUACAAUUUUCUGUAUUUUAUUUUAACAUUUUUUUGAUACUCUGCUAUCACUUACAUUCCACUUUUCAACAUUCUUUUAGGUUCAUGAAUAGAUAAGUGUAUAAUGUUUCACUCAUGUUUGUUCAGGGACGGCAACCAUCUUAGUUCAUAGUUGUAAUACUGUAUUAUGUUUACAUUUACUUAGUCAAGACCAUGAAAAGCCUUCUGUUAUGAUUGAAUUAUGUGUGUUUUUGCACUGAAUCAAGGUCCUGAAUCAGUUUAACAGUUUGUCAAAUCUGACAUAGAGGCAUAACUAAUAAACUGAAAAUUUACAAGAGAAAUAUAACUGAUUUAAUAACCACACAAUUGAAAAAAAAAAACAAUUAUGAAUUUGGGGGGACCAAAUGUUUACCUUUGUAUGUAAUGUAUAUCCAUCUUGACAAAUUAUUUGGAAUAUUUCUCAACAAUUGUGUUACCCCAAAUAUUUGAGCAUAGAUUUAUUUACUCUUCGAUUGCUCAAUGUUAUAGUGCCAUGCUUUGACUUUUGUUUUGUGUCAAUUUGUUAAAAUUAAUAAUUGUAUUUCAUUGUUUUAAUGUUCACAGCAAAGAAAAAUAGUUCAAUAUUUGUCGUUACAAUUUUGAGUCUCAAAUAAAAUGGACAUUACAAUAGAACCUCUUUAAUCCGACUGCCUCAUUGCUGUACUCUAUACACAGUACAGUAGUUAUUUAUUGUAUACUGUAUCUGUAAUUGUUUCUAUUGUAAUUUACAGUACUUUUUAUUCACUAUGUUUACUGCUGUAAACGUUAAAAAUUUAAAUAAACACUGUCUUUUACUCUAUAAAGCAUUUUUCACUUUUCCUGUAACAAUUACGAUCCAUUUUAGCUACGUAUGAGCUAUUGUUAUAUUAAAGCAAUAAUAUGUUCCUGUAAUCCGAACUAUUCAAUAGUACGAACUAUCCCCUGGUCCCAAUUAGUUCGGAUUAAAGAGGUUCUACUGAACAUGGAUGCAGCUUCUACUUAGUAACAUUGACUAAGAAUAUUGGAAGUAAACUUAUCAUUCUAUUGUACAGUAAUACAGUAGAACCUUGAUAACAAGACUCUCAUGGGGAUUAUAAAAUAAGUCUGGUUAUCAAGGUUGACUUCUUAUUGAGGUUUGCAAUAACAUGUGUUUAGAGGUAAAAAAAAUUUGAGGGGAAUUAAAAAAUACACUUGUUAUCAAGAGUGACUUGUUAUCGAGGGUCUUCUUAUCGAGGUUCCACUGUAUCUGAUGUUUGUGUUGCUUGCCAGAUACGCUGAUGUCAAUCCAAUAUUAUUCUCGUUAUAUAACUAGGGGACGAGCUAUUGUUUAUGAUUUGAUUGUUUUAUUUGGUUGAACGAAGUUUUAAAUGGCUGAAAUAACGAGAAACAAAUUGUAAACAAAACACAACCUCUACAGUGCACCAGACAGGACUAACAAUAAAAUUGGCUUCAGCUGUUCCAUAAGGAUGAGAAAUCUACUAAGGGAGAAGAUUUUAAGACACGAGUAUGAUAAUAUCAGACAGAAAUCAUACGUCAUAAAAAUGGUCUUCAGCUUAUCUACAAAGAUAAAUCUGUAAUGCCAUUGGACAUGUUAUGUGUUAUUAUGAACCGUAAAUUAGGAUUACGAUUACAACAUAUGGAAAUUUGAAAUAUUUGUCUUUGUUGUGAACAUAUACAUGGAAAAGUUUCUGUGAUUACAGUUUAGGAAACGAUUGUUGUGGGUAUGAAAUGUGAGAAAAGUUUUUUAUGGACUAUUUCCAAUUAGGUAGUCACAUUGUAGUACACUGUUUUCUCUUGAUAUAUUAUAAUGCAUGUAUUGAAAUAGUACAACAAAACAUGUUUGUAGAUUUAGAGAACAGUUUCAUAAACACUAAGAGAUGUUGUAUUGUAAUAGAAAUUUUCUCUAGUUUUAACACCAUUGAAGUGUAUAUUUUCGUAAACUGCUCAGUCAGCUCUCUAUUUUUACUAGGUUAGUUUUCAUUAACGACUCUGCAACAUAUCUCGUUCACUUUUGUCAAUUCUAUCGGAUCUAUAAUAUAAGAACAUCAGUAAAGCUUUACUGUAGUUUUAGUUUUCAGAUGUAAUAAGUGAGAACUUUUGUUUGUAUUGUUAUUAUUUUUGUUAGUCUAUUGUUGAUGUGUUUUAAAUAAAGAUGAUCAAUUGAA